AUGGCUCAUCUCUCCAUUCUAUUAGGUGUGCCUUUUCUCCAGGGCGUGCAUGGACUUACUGGCAAACGAGGCAUUGCCUACAACAACAACAAUCCCUUCGGUAAUGCAGUCUACGCAAACCUUUUCAAAGGAAACAGCAAGGUUUCAUGGGGCUAUGACUGGGGAUAUCCCUCCUGGAACCUAGAUGCCUCAUUCGAAUUUGUACCGAUGCUCUGGGGGCUCCCCAAUGGGCCAGAUACAGACUGGACCGCAGCUGUGCAGACCCCUGGGACACUUAACAUCCUUGGAUUCAACGAACCCGAUCUCACUUACGACGCCUCAUCCAAUAUCCUGCCAGAAAAGGCUGCCUCUGGGUAUAUAACGUACAUGCAGCCAUUUGCGGGAACCGUACGAAUCGGAUCUCCAAGUGUGCUGUGGAACAACGUGGGAUCCUCAUCUGGCGGUGCUUACGAUACCGCGACUUGGACUCAGUACUUCCUGGGGAACUGCACUGGUUGUCAUUUGGACUUUGCUGCAAUUCAUUAUUACCAGGACUGCGUUACUCCGGACGGACAGAACGGGGCUAUUUGGUUUGAGGGUAAUGUCACAAAUGCGCACAAUGUUUUGAAUUUGCCAAUCUGGGUCACCGAGUUUGAGUGUUAUGGUAGUGAGGAACAGCAGAUUGAAUUUUUGGAACGAGCCCUUCCUUGGUUGGAUUCGCAGGCCUAUGUGGAGAGGUAUGCGUAUUUCGGCGCUUUCCCGGAAUUUCUCGUCAAUGCCGAUGGUACUUCACUUUCGAAUUUGGGUGGCGCUUAUGUUUCGAUCUAA